CAAAAUUCAUGCUGGGUACAAGAGCUGGCCAAGGAGCCUGCCAGGUGCUAAAUCUGGGAUCUGGCAGCUGAGUGUACGGGCCCUGUCAUUCGACCUCUGGGGCCUGGUGAGGAGGCUCAGUCCUGACCAGCCAGCCGGGAUCCACCAUGUCCCACCGGAAGUUCUCUGCCCCACGACAUGGACACCUGGGCUUCCUGCCUCACAAGAGGAGCCGGCGGCACCGGGGCAAGGUGAAGAGCUGGCCUCGGGAUGACCCCAAACAGCCUGUGCACCUCACUGCCUUCCUGGGCUACAAGGCCGGCAUGACCCACACCCUUCGAGAGGUGCACCGCCCUGGACUCAAAAUUUCCAAACGAGAGGAGGUAGAAGCCGUGACAAUUGUGGAGACACCACCGCUGGUAGUGGUGGGCGUGGUGGGCUACGUGGCCACUCCCCGAGGUCUGCGGAGCUUCAAGACCAUCUUUGCUGAACACCUCAGUGACGAGUGCCGCCGACGCUUCUACAAGGAUUGGCACAAGAGUAAGAAGAAAGCCUUUACCAAAGCCUGCAAGAGGUGGCGAGACUCCGACGGCAAGAAGCAGCUCCAGAAAGACUUUGCUGCCAUGAAGAAGUACUGCAAGGUCAUUCGGGUCAUUGUCCACACCCAGAUGAAGCUCCUGCCCUUUCGGCAGAAGAAGGCCCACAUCAUGGAGAUUCAGCUGAAUGGUGGUACCAUGGCUGAGAAGGUGGCAUGGGCUCAGGCACGGCUGGAGAAGCAGGUGCCGGUGCACAGUGUGUUCAGCCAGAGUGAGGUGAUUGAUGUCAUUGCUGUCACGAAGGGCCGGGGUGUUAAAGGCGUCACUAGUCGCUGGCAUACCAAGAAGCUACCAAGGAAGACCCACAAAGGCCUGCGCAAGGUGGCCUGCAUUGGUGCCUGGCACCCUGCCAGGGUAGGCUGUUCCAUUGCCCGGGCUGGGCAGAAGGGUUACCACCACCGUACAGAGCUGAAUAAAAAGAUCUACCGCAUUGGCCGAGGGCUGCACAUGGAAGAUGGGAAGAUGGUCAAAAACAAUGCGUCUACCAGCUAUGACAUCACCGACAAGUCCAUCACACCACUGGGUGGCUUCCCCCACUAUGGGGAAGUGAACAAUGACUUCAUCAUGUUAAAGGGCUGCAUUGCAGGAACCAAGAAGAGGGUGAUCACACUGAGGAAGUCCCUCCUAGUGCACCACAGUCGCCGGGCCCUGGAGACUAUUGAGCUCAAGUUCAUCGACACCACUUCCAAGUUCGGCCAUGGACGUUUCCAGACAGCGGAGGAGAAGCGGGCCUUCAUGGGACCCCAAAAGAAGCAUUUGGAGAAAGAGAAGCCGGAAACCUCAGGAAACGUAUAACAUGUCCGGAAUGACGUACACUUGGGAGUGCUCCUGCUGUCUUUGUCUUUUUUGUUCAAUAAAGUUCUGAGACAGC